AUGGACUGGAUUCGGAGCAGGGCGCUCAACGCGGUCACGUGGGCGCUGAAGGAGGGAUACGUCUUCGACUAUGUGCUGCUCAUUGUCUUGAUGGUGCUGAACUUUGGAGUCGCCGUGGAGGUGGUGGAGCCCAAGGAGCGUUUCUUCAUUCCUGGCGACCCCACGCUGAGCUACCCGAAGCAGGACGACAAGAUGGUGCCCAGCUGGCUGCUGGUCUUGGUGGCAGGGGCCGGGCCCCUUGGCAUCUUCGCGAUGUGGCAGCUGCGCAUGAGGAGCUGGGUGGACUGGCACCAUUCCAGCCUUUCUGCGGCUGAAGCCUUUGCACUUGCAAGCACCUGGAAACGCUGGAUGAACUUGGUUGGACGGCUCCGACCAGACUGGUAUGGUCUAAUCACGCUGGUGACGGAGAAAGCAUCAGCAGUUUGGCUAUUGUUUGGUCCGGAGUUGCUCAGCAACUCCAGCCCAGGCCCACGUGCCUCACAUGCUGCUGUGAGGGCGUUGCACUUGUAUUGA